UGCUUAAAGACCAGUGUUAGAGCUAAAUAGUUAAAGGAUGGGGAUCAAAACUCUCUAUUUUUCAUUCUUUGCUUAGAAUCUACAAGUCCUAAUGGCUUUUAUGUCUCUUUCAAUUCAAGGGUCUACAGUUAUAAAUGAAGCUUCCACUAGACAAUUAGCAUCAGGAUUUUGAUAUUUGGAUGAGAUUAUUCCUCGAUCUGUGCCUGAUACAAAAAAUAAAAUUCUUAUUGCGGUUCCUUUGCCUGAAGAGAUUAAAGCUGCUGUUUUUAAUCUUGAUAUUUGCAGUGCCUUGAGUCUUGAUGGUUUUCGAGCCGGCUUUUUCCCUAUUGAGACCUUCCUUAUGGGCGUUUUUGCUCAAUAAGGUUUUAACAAGGCUGGAGGUUAUCCUUUGUGGUUGGUCUGUUAUUUUGUAUUGGACAAAGUUUUGUAUCAUUAUUUAUUUUUAUUUCAUUCAUUUUUCUGCUCGUCAAGUUGAUCUUGCUGGAGGGGUACCAACCAAAUUGGAUGUCUCCUCUGAUGCGAAUCCGUCUGUGCCUACACAACCGACAACCCGUUGGGUUGCUGACCCGAUAAGGAUGAAGAUCGGAUCGAUCACUAGCGCUCAAACUAAGAGGUUUAGGGACAACCUUGCUGCCUUUAUCCAGGGAGUAAUUCAUUUUCAAGAGGACUUGUCCAUACCUAAAGAUCUAAGACCUGUUUUGGGCAUACAAGUGGUGGAAGUCGAUAUGGAUCCGGGUAGCAAUUUUGGUGAAUUUAUGAAGUCCUGGAAGCAAGAAAUGAUUCCAACUUUAUGGAUUCAAUAAAUAUCACUAAGAAGUCAUGAAAACAAGUCAAAGCAGAAGUAAACCAACUUGUACGGACUUGUAUGGACAGCUUCAAAAUUUGGCCGAAAAUUGCUAUAUUGCUUGCUAGCUUUACUGUAUUUUGCUGAGUUGGCUUUUUCUCUUUCUUCCGGGCAAGGGCAAAGUGUGGGACUCCAUAAUAAGCUUAUCUACCAUCGUACAAAGCAUAUUGAAGCUGAUUUGAAUAUCAAAUUGGUCAAAGAUUGGUCAAAGUCAAUUAGUCAAAAAGCUAGUAUUUUAGUUUUCUAAUUUGAUUCUACUUUUUGUUUUAGGAAAUUACCAUUACUUUUUGAUUUAUUUAUUUAUUUAUGUGCUGGAAAAAUAAGUUUAGGAAAGUUAUUAUUUUAUUAUUUUCAUUGUAAAUUAAUUAAUUUCUAAUUCAAAAUAAAGAAAUUAAUUAAUCCAAAUUAGAUUAGGAAAGGAGGAGACUUUGGGCCAUAUUAGGAUUAUUCAUUGCAUGGCUAGUUUUUCCUUUUUGU